UCGUCUAUUAUAGUUAAAACACCUGUUUGAUUAUAAAUUUUUUGAUAAAAAAGAUAAAAAAUUAUUUAAAUUUCCGGAGGUUAGUUUAAAAGAACAGUUCAAUUUUUGCGUUUAACCCGAAAAGAUGGUUAACAAAAACGAUCAUUCAAAAGAAUCUUUUAUUGUUAUGGAUUCGAUGAGGAAAAAAAAAUUAUUUUGUGAUGUAACUUUAAUAAGUAAAAACGUUGAAAUUCAAGCCCACAAAGUCAUUUUGGCUUCUUGUUCCGAGUUUUUCUAUAAAGCCUUCAUUAAAAUGGGUCAAAAUAAUCGCUUAAAAUUAGAAGACAUCGACCCAGAGGCUUUAUUAUUAUUAAUCAACUUCAUUUACACAUCCCAAAUCGAAAUUACACUCACAAAUGUGCAAAAUGUGUUAAUUGGGGCUAACAUUUUAGAACUAAAAACCAUCAAAAAUAUUUGUUGUAAACUCUUAGAAAAACAUCUCCACCCGGAAACCGCGCUUUUAAUAUUAUCCAUAGCUCGUAUUCAAGAUUGUAAAGAAUUAUUUAAGAAGAGCGAGGACUUUAUUGAUAAAAAUUUCAAUACAAUUUCUGUGAGUGAUGAAUUUUUAAAAAUGUCUUUCGAACAAUUAACUGAUUUAAUUGGAAGGGAUUCAAUCGUAGUUUCUUCAGAAGAAAAGAUCUACGAAUCUGUUUUAUUUUGGUUAAAACACGAUCUUGAGUCCCGAACUCAACAUAUAAGCGUUCUGAUGAGCCAGGUCCGUUUAAAUUUAUUAUCAAAAGAAUAUUUGGCUAAUAACGUUAUAAACGAACCGAUUUUAAAAGCUGAUUUAAAAUGUAAAGACUUAAUAAUCGAAGCUUUGAUAUGCGAAAAUCUUCCCGGGACAAUUAAAACUAUUAAAUCAACACCGAAACCCCGCGGUAAUACAUCCGAGGUUCUUUUAAUAAUGGGUGGAUAUUCUUUGGCGGCUGAAGGAACUUUUGAAUAUUACGAUAUCAAAAAGCAGUCAUGGUCAAAACUUUUUAUGAUGCCUUUAAGAAAAAGAGGAACGCAUUGCGUUAUUGUUAAUAAUAAAGUCUAUGUAAUCGGUCGUUGUGAUGUAACUCGCCCUAUAAAUGUUAUAACUGAAUUCGAUUUCGUUACGAAUUCAUGGCUGGAUUCGAUUGCGAUGAUAACUUCCAGAACUUAUUAUGGAAUCGGGGUUUUAAACAAUUUUGUUUACGCCGUCGGGGGUUGUAACAGUGAAGGGAGAUUAAACUCAGCCGAAAAAUUUGAUGUUAAAGCAAAAAAAUGGGUUUCAAUUGCAACAAUGUCUAAUCGAAGAUCUUGCGUAUCAAUUGGAGUUUUUAACGAAUUUUUAUGCGCAAUUGGUGGUUUUGGGGAACAUAAUCUCCCGAUUAAAUCAGUUGAAUAUUACGAUUCUAAAAUAGACGUUUGGAAGAAAGGGUGUGAAUUAAUUUAUCCUCGAGGAGGAGCCUCGGUUGUUGUUUUAGACAAUCGAAUGUUCGUUAUCGGUGGUUUUGAUGGAAAAAAAUGUAUUAAUUCAGUUGAAUAUUUUUCAAGUGAUGAAGAUAAAUUUGUUAAAGCAGCUGAUUUGAAUGUUGCAAGAAGAAAUUGUGGGGUUGCUACUAUAAAUGGAUUGAUUUAUGUUAUUGGGGGAUCAGAUGGAGAUAAAGAUUUGUCUUCCGUUGAAGUUUAUGCUCCAAAAGAUGAUAAAUGGAUUUUAUUGGAGACGUCCAUGAAUAUUCCGAGGAGUUGUCACGGUGUUAUUGUUGUUGAUAAGAUCUUUUAGGGCCAAAAAUAAAUGUUGAAAUAAUUGAUGUAAGAGACUCUUGACAUUAAUACGUGUUAACGAUUAAAAUCGCGAAUAAAAAGUA